AUGCUAUUCUCCCAAGUCAAAGGUCAUUCGCCAGCUCACCAGCCGUUCAGAUACGCAGUUAGGUCUCAUCUGCUGUGGUUCGAUUUCCCUUCACCUCGAGAUCGACAAGCCAUGGAGAAGGGACGAGCCGGCCAGUAUAGGUGGAGGGGAUUUGGCUAUCGCUGGGACAACUCACUGUCAGCUUGGUCCAUGAUUGGUGAGCAUCCCAAUAGAGACGAAGGUGAUCUUUGCCUGUACACGAAGUCAGCCCAUGUUCUGAAAGGAGGGGGACCGAUUGACCUCGACGACUCGGGGUUCAGUUUCGCAAGCUUUGCUCUUCCUUUCGUCCUAGAACCAACAUGUCAUGAGAAGGACGAGUCGGCAGCCCUGCUCUUGUUCUUGAAAAUGUUGCCUGUGUCCGAUAUCAGCCUGUUAUUCUUCUUGGAAAUGUUGCCUGCGUCUGCUGUCAGCCUGUUCCCUGUUGUUCUUCUUGAAAAUUCUGCCUGUGUCCGAUUAUAUGGAAUGGAAAUGUAUGCGACCUGUUCUUCUCCAUGCAAUGACCUCCUAGCAUUGAGAUUCAUGUCGCGGCAGCUUGCGACACCCACUGAAGGGCUUCGUCAAGCUUCGCUCUGCCUUCCACAGGUCGGCAGAGUGAGACUCUUGGUAGCAACGGAGGCGAAGAUUGAUACGCGAUGUCGAGAAUGUAUGCGUGGAGACUUCUUCAAACCCAUUGACCUCAAGGAUCUGGAAAGACAACACUGUGCAUUGCCCUCUCCCAGCUCGUCAUGCUUCAUUCUACCUCCGCCCCAGAGCCGAAUAUCGUAUCGCGGGACAGAGGAUGAUCUGAGCAUUGUUUUCCUGCCAGGUGGUAUGUAUGCGACUCUGUUCUGCUCAUAUCAAUAUCGCGUCACAACGACUCUUGGAACCACGCGCAAAUCGGUCGUCAUUGAAGGACGAGCCAGGUCAAGUUUGGAUCGAAGGCGACGACGAGUCAUCGAGACAUCUUGGGUGAAGGUGCUGGAGCUGGCGCAGGGACAGCAGUACCUACCUAUCGUAGCUUUGGAGCAAGUAUGGGAUCCGAAUUGCAAGAUAUGCAGAAUGGCCAGACUGAUGAACAGCGAAGUUUCCGAAUCUGCCAAGGUAGUCAGCGCUCUGAAUUUCUUGAGUAUGUAUGCAAGAUGGCCGUCUCACGAGCCAUUGAGCACUCUCAAGAUAUCGGCUGCCUUGCAAGAUCGAUCUCCCUCCGAAAGGCUUAAGUCAAGAUGCUAUGGAAGCAAGCAAAUUGACGCGAUAGAGGAGGGCAAGAAAGUACGAUUGCUAAACCCUGUGAGACAUGUCAGUGAGAGUUCUUUGUUCAGUGCAACAUCGCUUUGCAGGGCGAGAAAUGUCUGUGCUGGUAUCAGAUGCACGCCUCCCGUCGCGCAGAACAAGGUCAGGGUAAGUCAGGGUCCUGAGACCGCACAGUUGCUGCUCUCCAGCGCCACCUCCGCUCUCGACCAUGAAAGGCUGAGUAGCUUUCUUGGCGCUGUCGAGACAGUCUUGUUUGAUCUUCCCUCAAAUGAGAUCUGGAAUGUCAUGGAAAUGGACAAGCCAGGCAACCGAGAGGGUCAAGUGUCGUGUCCCGCCUCUACUGAACAUCUUACAGGCUUUAUGCGCGAGGUGCGCAUGAUCGCCGCCGAUGCUGGUGCUCCUGAUUCCGAUGAAGUGCUGAUGGCAGCACACUUGUCAAUGCAGAUUAUCGUCAAUGGGUGUUGUAGAGAGCUCAGAAUCCUCGUGAGUGACGACUAUUCUGGUAAGCACUCGCGAUUCGGUCAUGCUUCGACUGGAAUCUCAGCUUGGGAUGUGCGCGACUUGCCUGCCAACGCCCAUCUUUGCUCGACCGAACUACGGACGGUAGCCCGUGAGUCGCGACACUGCCGCUCCACCGCGGCGAUGGCAUCGAACCAUAAAGGCUUGAGCACCAUUACACUGGCUUUGCGGACAGAUGUUGAUCUUCGCCAUCAGUUUUACGCCUCGCCACAUGGAGCAAAGUGGGACGUUUUUGAACUGGCGGGCGGGUCGCAGAAGCAGGUGGGAGAAGCGGAUGGAACUUACCAAUAUGGCGGUCAGGUCUCGACGGAAGGGCGAUGGGACUGCGAAAGAACAUGUCAGCCGCCAUUCUUGACGAAGACACACUGGGCUCAAUCGACGCCUUGCAGGCUGAGAUUGUGCUGGCGGUCCCUGUUUGGUUCAUUGUCGUGGAUGCGCGUGAGGGGAGUCACCUCAGACUCUGCUGGACAGCAGUGCGAUGGCGCCACCACAACGCAUCGGUGUAAUGGCAAGAUUGGCGUCGGUGAUGAUCUACAAAAAAGAUUGGAGGGUGUAAAGCUGGCGGAAGAGGAAAAGCUCACCGCACCGCACCGCAUCCAGUUCAAUGGCUCGGAGCUCAGUACACAGCCUCAGGAGCCCUGUGCUCGUGGUUGUGCUGCGAGGACGCUGAAGCCACAUGACGAUACAGCUACAUCUAUGUCUGGACGAUUCUGGUCAAGACGGAUUGACUCGCUUUCGAGAAAUAACUGGAGAUGUCCUACUUUGAAGGGUUCCAGCAGGCCUAUUCGCAUCACUUUAGCGCAUCGAUGCCUAGCAACGACCGUUGAACCUGCAUGGUUGCCACAGCCAUCUGACGUAUCGCUCUGGCUCUGUACUUUCACGUUUGUGCCGCUAGAACUUCCUCACCUUGCCAACAACAACGAGUCAAAGUGUGACCCAACAGGUGGGCAUACUAGACACAUCACAAAUUCGACCUUCGGGAAGAAGUUGUCGAAAGUCUGGCUCGAGAUCGAACAGAAUGGAUCCUGUAAUGCCUUCUGCUGGCGUCUCCUCAUCACUCCCUUGCCCCCCUCCCCUCCCCUGAGAUUGCAGGGGCUUUGGCUGUCUAUUGACACUGCCGUCUCGUAUCGAGACCAAUUGAUUUUUUCAUCACGCUCUACCAGUGCGGAAGAGCUGGGAGAAGAAGUCCAACUGUUCGACAACUUCGACGAAUUCACGACAAAGAGGACAACUUACUGCCACCAUACCGACUCCGACACCAUCAAUCCCGUUUCCUCAUCGCGUCAAUCGUUCUGCAUCUUCCUCUCGCAAACCACCAGAGACGAAAUGGCUUCUACUCAAGCGCCACACCAACCACCACCGCCGCCGCCCCCAAACGCCUUCCCUCCAACAACGGUCAUUGUGACCUUGGUGGCUCCCCCGUCCUCCUCAUUGGCAAGAUUGACCUUCUCGGACGGCUAUGAGUACACCUUCGUGCGCCACCACCUCCUCCACACCGCCGUUGCAUAUCGCGACCUCGACAUGCGCAGCCCAAAUCAGCUGUUGGCCAUCACCGGCGACGCUGAGAUAAAGACGAAGCUGGCUGCCCAAUGGAUCGACGACGGAGCACAAUACAAUACUGCCGGUUGGAAUUUCUGGUAUAGCCGCAUCCUCGCCACCCAGCGAUUCCAGGCUUGGCGGGUCGACGAACUCAAACCUGUUCAACGCCACGAACGACUUGCACGAGAAAAAUCGACGACGCUGGAGGCGCUGGUGGGAGCUGUGACGGUGGGCUGCCAGUUCCACCACCCAACGGUCGAGAGGGUGAUGUGCGCUCUGGGCAUCUUCUGGCUCUAUGAAGACGAGGAGAAAGCCGCGUUACGGCAGCUUUCCAAUCUAGGAGGAGAGCCAUUUCCGCGGUGGAGGCAUCGACCUCGCGCGACGACUUCCAUUGGAAUAAUCCUCUUUCAUGACCACGUUCAGACCUUACAGAUACCUAAAUCAGCACCAGAUCUGACCAUCUCCAAUAUCGAUCGGAUUCAACGCUGCAAGCCUCAGAGUCGGGAUGAGCGGUCGACGGAAAAUACACCUUCUUCCACGCAUAAAAGAUCGAAUGGCCAACAAGAACCGACUGUAACGACAUCCCAGGCCACGUACUCGCCACCAUGUACGCGGACAACAAGAUGCACCCGUAGCGGUGAUUGGUGGUAUGAUAUUGGUGCUGCUCAUGUCGCAAAUCAACAGGCAGCAGAUAUAGCACGCCUCGACCAUAGAGAACACCAAGUCCCUCAAGUAGGCUUCGGAUUAUAUGCGAGCAACGUCUUGUGCCGCUUCGCCGAGUUCUAUUCGUUUUUUCUCGGUCUAGGACUACUGGUAUUUAAGUGUACGCCUGCGAUAGCCUUCACGUUUGCGAUGGCCUCGACUCUGGCACUCACACGCAUAGCGACCGACCACUGCAACACCUUCUUAAUCGAUACAGUGCAUGCUCAGCUCCAGCUCGGACGCGACGUGAACUUCAACGACAAGGAGAAGAGCAACGUCUACAGCAAGAAGAAGCGCGACGUCUACAACAAGCCACCUUCUAAGGAAACCAGGUUCCUCCUGUCUAAGUUCGAGUUCGACCACGUCACGGAGAACAAUGAGGCCUGGAAGACGGCACCUGGCAUGAGUCCAGCCGGAAUACACGGCCCAUAUGCCAGUUUGGCACAAGGCUUUUCCAUAGACACGUUCUUUUCUCGCGAGCAACAGCCCCUUAGACUCAUGAUGAACGAGACGUUUCCGAUCGUGUCGAAGCCAGGAGAACUUCAGUCCUCAUUCACUGCAGGAGGAUCGCCUCUGCAUCAAUUCCGAAGAUUCGUAGAGGAGCACCUCCCAGAUUUAUCCAUCUCUGGAUCUCUCGGCAACUGGCAAGGCGAGAGCGAAGCAACCACUCUAGGCAAUGCAGCAGGAAUUGGGUCUGGCCUGCUGACUUACUCGCCAGUCGCGGAUAUGAUUCAGCUGACGAGCUCUCGCUGCCGGGCUCCGACCCAAAUACCAUACCACGCGACUCAAUUCAACGGCGCUUUCAAAAGUUCGAUCAAUCAUCUGCGAGUUCUGACUGCAAGUCCCACAUGGCUGCUUCUAUCAGAUCACCAAGAGCUUCCAUGGUUCCGAAUAUCUGAUCACACCUCUGCCAUAUAUACGCCGAGACCUGAGCUGAUGCUGAGCUCGACUUCAUCCGAAAGCAGGUAUGUGGCUUUGCUUUCUCCAUCGCCUAUAGAGCUCGUCGGCCCACUUCCUCUCCGUGGUGAUACACCGUACCACUGUGGAUUUGCUGCUACGAUGACGGCUGGGGCGCAGUGUUUGAUGAAACUGAAUUGGCGUUCAUUCGAUCGAGGCAUUACGUUAUUUGCGUACAGGGCUCUGUACAAAGUCCUCACGGCUAUCCCAGCAUGGGACGAAGCAAAGGUGGGCCUUGUCGCAGUCUGCGCGUUGAUCGCUGAGAUUGUGACUCUUCAACACACGCCUCGACUGGACCGCAAACUGCUACGACUUGCCAUGCUGGUUCAAAGACGAGUAGAGGCUUACCGCACGCUCGGAGCUCAGCAGCUGCACAGUAGGAUCACCUUCUCUAUGAUCGCCCUGUACGCGAAGAUCGUACCGAGCGGCAUGAGAUCUCGUCGUUUGAUCCGUCCGUCCCACGGCGAGAACCAACUCCGAGCCGCUCGAAUCGACGCCGACAGAGGCUAUGCGAACUCCAAAUACGGAAUUGAGAGCCGCAGCUUGAUUGCUCCGCCAACGCAACUUUGGAAGUUCGGACAUGUUUACUGUGAAAAUGACGGCGGAAAGCCUUUUGCUAGAGGAAAAGGGGUUGUAUCAACUUGGGGCAGAAUAAUGGCGGUAUUAUACUAUGACCGAGGCCAUACGAAACCAACUCCCGCUAGUAGGCAUUUGUCUUCACAGUAUCGUCCUAGACUCCUCAUGUUGGGUCUUGUAGGCUCGCAUAUUGGCCAAGACGUGGUCUGGCAUUGCCACGAUAUCGAUUUAUCUCUUCCAGUCGACGUGCGCGGCUUUCAACGUAAGCUUUGCGGCAGAAAUGGUGUUAAGCCACUUGUUAUAAGACUAUCAAGCAUGGAUUUAUUGAUCGAACCUUCCAGCUUCAUCGAAUUUGCUCACGGCUCGCCAGAGGGAAUUGUCGGGCAAGCCAGCGCUUUCGCAUGCCUGAAUAUCUCCGCCUCAUAUCGGGUGUGGGUGUGGAAUGCGAAUUGGGUAUCCCUCCCCAGGCGGGAGAAUGAUAUAGCUAUUCUUCUUGUUGGUCAUUUUGGCCUUCUGAGGCUUCUUCUUGAUGUCUUCGCCAUCAUUGCCUUCAUUAUCCCCCUUCUUCAUCGCCCUGAGGAACAGACUCCUCACGUCCCUGCUGUGCUCUUCAUUUUCCUUCGCGCCAUAUUGUCUCCACUGGCAAGUUGCAUGUACUGGAGUGUUCCGGAACCAGGGCGUCUAGAAUCUCCUACACAACGAUGUGAAUAUCCAGGCAAACUGACUGUGCUCCGGAGGCGAAGAGAUCGGUGUGAGAAGAGCGCUGGAAAUUUCUUCAAGACAGUCAAUGAAUGGUUCCUUUCUCAAAAGCGAAAGGAACUGAAAAGCAGCGGGCUCUUUCAGGCUGAAACAGUGACGAGUGUUCGAGUCCCACGCGCGGCUUCAAACCGAUUUGACAUCAAAAAGAUGCGGCCAGCACUCCCCUAUCUCAGCUGCGAACAGAUGGCAAAAAUUCAAAGAGGUUCAUCGUACUAUGACAAUCAAUUGGAGGCUGAAAAGCUGAAGAAUAUGCUAUCAAAAAAAUUUCAUAUCAAAAAGAUGUUACCAGCACUCCUACGCACCAUUACCAUGAAACUGCGAAUUGAUGACAAAAAAGAGACAAAAGGUUCAUCAUGCAAGUGUUCCACUCACCCACACCAGUCAUGUGGCAAGCAUGACUGGUGCGCUCGUCCUUGGGGCUUUUCCAACGGUUGCUGUGAAGCUCCAAGUCAGGGUCCGGGAGAGAGUGGGAAGGACAUCCACACCUGCACUCAAUCCAUACUUCUGGCAGCACUGGCUCGACAAUCUACAUCUCUCGAGCUGCUCACUGAACUGAAUGGACUGGUUAAUAGGCCAUUGGCCCACCUUCACCAGAUUUGCAGAGCGAUCACCAAUGCCGCUCUCCCUCACGUCUACCUUCCAGCCUUUCUUCAUUAUCACAAUGGUCCACAUUUCCUUGAACCAAUUGUCUUCUUCUGCGCUUUUUGCCACCAGAACGCCCCUGCAACGCCGUCCGACUCCGGAUACGUGCAUGAGACACAGGGAGAACGCCAAGUUUUGCAUCUUUGGACGACACACGCCGCUCCUCUCGCUCUUCAGCCUGCAAUCUAUACAACAUAUCGCAUCGGACUACCACCAUGCAGACGUCUACGGAAAGCAGGAACGCUGCUGCGGAGGAGUCAAAGGGGGCACACGGAGCGUCUGGAAGGAGAAAGGCAUCGAACUCGAUCCAAUUACCACCAAAACCACCGACCUCGACAAUGGGUUCGGAUUCAUUCCGCAGAUACCGAGCGUCACACGAAUAUCACGAUCAAUGCCUACAACCUUGUUGUCUCUCUGGACAGACUCUCAAAUACAUUUUCGCAACCACGGCUCUUGAAGGAGACAUUGACGGUCAAGGGGUCUGCAAUCGGUACCCAGGGGAUACCUAUAUUCAAUCAUAGACUCACAAAACUCAGCGACACCACCAAGAGGACAAGGCACAGCAUUCACAAAUGGCUGAUGGAGUACCUUGCGCAAAUGGAAGACGCGAGCGAGUUUUGGAAGCAUGAUAAGAUCAAUGGAAUCUCGAUUCUCAAAGCUCCGGCAAACGGCAAUUACUUGGAUGACAGGGAAGGCUAUAGACCUGGUUGGUUGAAGGCUCUAUUUGGAGGAUGGGCGUUCAUAAGGAGGAUGCGCGUGAUUUGGCACGAGAACGAUGUCCAAGGCGUCGCAUAUCGAGGCGCUGAAAAGGCCCCCUUCGCCUCAUACAUAGCUGUUGAUCGGUGUGGAGCACCCUGCGUUCACUCACCCCGAUCAUAUUGCCUAUCUCGGCCAAAUACAAGCGUGGCUCUGCCCAUGGAGUACCCUCCAAUCACGCAGACUGGUACUAUCUCUUCUCCGAUUUCAAGUCUCGAAAGGCUCAAAAGCGAUGAAAAGAAAUAUGGCAGAUCUCAGGGUUAG